GGGCGUGGCUCCGCGGAGAGGCCUGACUGACCCGGGCCUGGGGUAGCAUCUGAGGCCGGGUCAUCUCGGCCCCCCCGGGAAGAUGGUACUGGGGGGAUGCCCGGUGAGUUACCUGCUGCUUUGUGGCCAGGCAGCCCUGCUGCUGGGGAACCUGCUGCUGCUGCACUGUGUCUCCCGGAGCCAUUCUUACAACGCCACCGCCGAGCUGGAGCUCACCUCCGCAGGCACCUCUCACCCUGACAGCGCGUCAGGUACCUGGAGCUGGGAAUAUGGCGACCCCCACUCUCCGGUCAUCCUCUGCUCCUACCUGCCUGAUGAGUUCAUAGACUGUGAGGAGCCUGUGGAUCACAUGGGAAAUGCGACUGCAUUCCAAGAACUUGGUUAUGGUUGCCUUAAGUUUGGGGGUCAAGCCUACCGUGAUGUGGAGCACACUGCAGUCCAGUGCCGAGCCCUAGAUGGAAUAGAAUGUGCUGGUCCUAGGACCUUCCUACGAGAGAACAAACCUUGUAUAAAGUACACGGGACACUACUUCAUAACCACAUUGCUCUACUCCUUCUUCCUGGGCUGCUUUGGGGUCGAUCGUUUCUGCUUGGGACAUACUGGCACAGCCGUUGGGAAGCUGCUGACACUUGGAGGACUUGGAAUCUGGUGGUUUGUUGACCUCAUUUUGCUCAUCACUGGAGGGCUGAUGCCGAGUGACGGCAGCAACUGGUGCACGUUCUACUAAACAGUGCGACCGUUGUACACCAGGGGCGAGUGAGUACUGGGCUGCUCAGCUAGUCACUGAGGGCAGAAUGCUUGGAACAUCGCUGUUGUAUCUGGAAGGAAAGUGCUUCUUUAAAAAAAAAUUCUUUGGACUUUGGAUUUUCAACCCAAAUCUUGCUUUGCAGACUAAACAAGCAAAUAGUAUCGUGGGAGUCCAACUUUUUCCUGUGUGCAUACUAGAAAAGAUGGUGUCUAAUGCCCUGCA